AUUUGGUUGACUCAUCUCUCUCUCUCUCUCUCUCUCUCUCUCCUACUUCCCUGUUUCACUACCUCCUUCUAUAUGCACUCACUUCUCCACUCUCUUUUUCUAACAUCAACAAACUUCACUCCCUCACACUUCACCUCACUCUCUUCUUCACUUCAACAUUUCAUCAAACACCUUAUACUCAUUUUCCUUCUUCACUUUCUUCCAUGGCUUCUUUCCCUCUUUUAAACCAAAACAUCUUAAACCUUCAUGGCUAAAUGUCCCAAAAUGAAAACCACCACCACCACCACCACCACCACAAUGUUGAAACCAAAACCACCCUCUCACCACCAUCUUCACAAACUCACCCAAUUUUGACCCUUCAAUUAAAAGAAGCAAAAAACCCAAUUUUGCACCCAAAUUCAAACACCCUUUUAAAAAUGACUUCAACAAACUCAACUUCCACAACAGAACCACUUCCUUCAUCUUCCGAUGAAAUCGCCGUUAAAGCCGUUAAUAAACGUUACGAAGGUCUCGUAACUGUUCGUACAAAAGCCAUCAAAGCUUCAAACCCUUCAAGAACAGCUUCUGAACAUUUAAAGCGUGGAACUUGUUCUAAUUUCAAUUCUGGGUUGAUUAAACCCGGUUCGAUUUCGGUUCCUUCUCCGGUUCCUAUUUCCUCUGUUUCCGGUUCGAACCGGAAAAGGGCUUCACCUCAUAUGGGUGUCUCAAAUUCAACCUCACCAUCAUCAUUAACUUAUCAAAAUCAUAACUUGGCAUUGGUUGAAAUUGGGUACCCUCAGGUGCAUGGUAAUAUGGUGAACCAUCAACAAAACCAGAACCUUAAUCAGAAUCUUAAUCAGAAUCAGCAGCAUCAUUUGAUGUUGUCUGGUGGAAAAGAAGAUUUGUGUGCUUUGGCUAUGUUUGAAGAUAGUGUGAAGAAAUUGAAGAGUCCAAAGACUUCACCUAGUGCUUGUUUGAGUAAAGAACAGGUGAAUUCUGCUUUGGAUUUACUUGCUGAUUGGUUCUAUGAAUGUUGUGGUUCUGUUUCUUUGUCAAAUCUUGAGCAUAGAAAGUUUCAAGCUUUUCUUUCUCAAGUUGGUUUGCCUGUAGGAAGUGGUUUGAGGCGCGAGGUUUCGGGUUCGAGGCUUGAUGCUAGGUUUAGUGAGGUUAAGAGUGAGUCCGAGGCGAAAAUUAGAGAUGCUAUGUUUUUUCAGGUUGCUAGUGAUGGUUGGAAGAGUUAUGAUAAUGUUUAUAAUAAUAGGAAUUUGUAUGGUUUGUGUUGUGGUGGUGAGAGUUUGGUUAAGUUCACGGUGAAUUUACCGAAUGGGAGUAGUGUUUUUCAUAAGGCGGUGUUUAAUGGUGGCGGUGGAGUUGUGAAUUCAAAGUAUGCUGAAGAGAUUUUGUGGGAGACAGUGACUGGUGUUAGUGGUAGUGUUGUUCAAAGAUGUGUUGGGAUUGUUGCUGAUAAGUUUAAGGGUAAGGCAUUGAGGAAUUUGGAGAUUCAAAACCAUUGGAUGGUGAACACUUCUUGUCAGCUUCAAGGGUUUGUUAGUUUGAUCAAGGAUUUUAACAAUGAGCUCACAAUUUUUAGAGUUGUUACUGAGAAUUGUCUCAAGGUUGCGAAAUUUAUAGACAAUGAUUCUCAGGUGAGGAAUGUUUUUGUUAAUUUUAGAAUGCAGGAGAUGGAGUACGGCGGGUUGAUUCGCGUGCCUUUGCCGAAAUGUGAUCCGUUGAAGAACUUUGCUUCGGUGUUUCCGAUGUUGGAGGAUAUUUUGAGCUGCGCUAGAGUGAUUCAAAUGGUUGUGAUGGAGGACGCAGUUAAGGUGAUGUUUAUGGAAGAUCCGGUUGCUAGAGAAGUGGCGGGAAUGGUUCAGAAUGAAGGGUUUUGGAACGAGCUCGAAGCGGUUUAUUCACUCGUUAAGAUUAUUAAAGGAAUGGUUCAGGAUAUAGAAGCCGAGAGGCCGUUAAUCGGUCGGUGUUUGCCACUUUGGGAGGAGCUUAGAACCAAAGUGAAGGAAUGGUGUGGAAAGUACAAUAUUGUCGAAGGACCUGUCGAGAAAAUAGUCGAAAAAAGGUUUCGAAAAAACUACCACCCUGCUUGGUCAGCAGCAUUUAUACUCGAUCCACUUUACUUGAUCAAAGACACAAGCGGAAAGUAUCUUCCGCCAUACAAGUUUUUAACGCGCGAACAAGAGAAAGACGUCGAUAAGUUACUCACGAGACUAGCUUCAAGAGAAGAAGCUCAUGUUGUGUUGAUGGAGCUAAUGAAAUGGAGAUCAGAAGGACUCGAUCCUCUUUACGCACAAGCUGUUCAGAUGAAACAAAGAGACCCUUUAACCGGAAAGAUGAAAGUCGCGAAUCCGCUUAGCAGUAGACUUGUUUGGGAAACAUGUUUGUGUGAGUUUAAAUCUUUAGGGAAGAUUGCAGUGAGGCUCAUUUUUCUACAUGCUACUUCAUGUGGAUUCAAGAGUAAUUGGUCUUUCAUGAGGAAAGUUUCUGGAAACAAAAACUCAAGAGUUGCUUUGGAAAGAGCUCAGAAAAUGAUAUUUAUUGCAGCUCAUGCAAAGCUUGAAAGGAGAGAUUUUUCAAGUGAGGAAGAAAAAGAUGCUGAAUUGUUUUCUAUGUCAGGUAGUGAAGAAGAUGGCAUGCUUGCUGAGGUCUAUGCUGAUAUGCAACCUUAGUGUAAAAUGCUUUCUUUUUCUCUUUCCGACGCUAACACUUCAGAUUGAAGGUGUAAGGUGUGUCUGGUGUCCGAGACAUAUCAACGUUCGACACUGAUACGACACUGACACAUGUAGUCAGUUACAUUCGAUUUCUUCCAUUUUUCAAAAUACUAUCGGUGUAACGUGUUAAUCUCAGUGUCGUAUUCAUGUCUGUGUCAGUGUCAGUGUUUCAUAGCAGUUUAUAGACUUGUGUAAUUUUAGGAUUUAUCAGAUUCUUUCAAGAACUCUUCUAUUAUUCUGUUACAUCCAAUGGAAAAAAAAUUCUUAACUUUUAAGGAUUGGAAUAGAAGGAUAUUUAGGUGUCUAAAAAAGCAUGUUGUUAGUGACUUUGUUAUUAUCAGAUUUGAUUCUCUAAUGAAUCAUCAAUCCUUUUUUCUUUCUUUUUGUAAAGAAGGAACUCUUUGCUCCUUUAUUAGCAUACCAACAAUCAGAAAAGGAGCAAGAAGAAUGUGACAUUUUUUUUGCAUUAUUUUUUCAAUGAGAAUUGUUUUUGAGUUCUAAUUU